AUGGCUUUUGGGGAGUCCUCUCCCUCUCGCCGAAGCUUCAUCCCAGGUGGCCUCGGCAUAUUCCUGUUGGUUUGGGACCCGAUGCUAUUCCGGCGAAUCAGUCAGCUGCUCGAUCGAGCCACACACGUCUUCACCGUGUGCACCGGUUUAAUCCUUCUCGCUACCACAGACCGGCUGGACGAUCGCCAGAUGUCCGCGAACAAGCGCCUCUAUGAUGAGUUCACUCCCAAGCAUAUUUCAAUUCCCCGUUACUCUUGUGUUACUACCAUGCAAUCUAUUCUCGUGGAGAUACGGAGAUGGAAACUGGCGUUCAAAGUCCGCGGAGUUUCCAAAAAAUCCGAUCUCGCUACCUGUGGACCAUCUCGAUUGAAGUACGAAGUGUUCGAGUCUAUCGGAGCAGUGUACAAUAUAGAGACCUGGAAAGUCAAUUUUUGUGCCUUGAUGCCUGGUUCUGCUUCUUGGACGCCUGGUACACCGCUCUAUGCAAUUUAA